CUCCCCCCGACCUUGGUAAAGUCAGUAUAUAAGCCAGGAGGCAUAGCGAUCACUAUCAAUGUUCCAUCACUGUUCCUCUCAACAUGAAGGUCGUUCUUGUUCUAACACUGGUGGGUGUGGUUGUGGCUGACCCGUCCUACAGGCCCACUCCGUCCUACAGACCCGCCCCGUCCUACAGGCCUGCCCCAUCCUACAGGCCCACUCCAUCAUACACUCCUGCCCCGACCUACGCCCCAGCUCCCUCCUACAGGCCUGCCCCGUCUUAUAAUACUGUUCCCCAGUACAACUUCAACUACGCCGUGAAGGACGAUUACUCCGGCAACGACUUCGGCCACGAGGAAGCUCGUGACGGCUAUGACACCCAGGGGUCGUACUACGUGCAGCUUCCCGACGGUCGUCUGCAGACUGUGACUUACACUGUCAAUGGAGACUCUGGCUACGUGGCCCAAGUCUCUCACCAGGGAGAGGCUCAGUACCCCCACUACCAGCCAUCCUACUCCCCCGCCCCAGCCUACAGACCUGCACCAAGCUACACACCCACACCCUCCUAUGGCUAACUGAUAUUCCCGUAAAAAUUAUAAAUAAAGUUUUCGAGAUCAAA